CCUAAGUAUGGGGCGCGCGCCCCCUCGUUUUGGUGGCGCCCGGGCCGUGGCUCUUUUGCCCCGCCCCUCUCCCGCUAGCCGGCCAGCCUUCCGGCGACUUAGUUAUGCCGGCUCGGCUGACUGCGUGCCCCCUGACUGUGGUUUUUCGCGGCCGCCUUGCGCCCCGGCGGGCCGGCGAGUGUGUGACGAAUGCCGCGCCCGAAGACGGCCCGGUCUAUUGUCAUAUAUAGGGGGGCAGAAGGCAGGCCCGCUUGGCCGCCCUCA